AAGAGCACAACGACGACGAUGGACAAUACCUCGAAGCGUUUCGAUGUCUUCCUCACCCUACUCGCGAUCCUCGCAUUCCUCGUGACCAUCUCGUGUGCCUCCGACUAUGCCGAUCUCCACCAGGCGAGCUUCUUCAUGGGGAGAUCAGAGUGUCCAGGCGACUGGAUCGGCGAGUGCAGAGUUCUAGGGGAGGAGACAGAGAGUGAGGGCGAGAGCGAGAGCGAAAGGCGCAUUCUAGCGAUGAGGCAGUACAUAAGCUACGGGGCGCUGAGGAGGAACUCGGUGCCGUGCUCGCGACGCGGCGCAUCGUACUACAACUGCCGGGCUGGAGCUCCGUCGAAUCCUUACUCACGGGGAUGCAGCCGGAUCACUCGUUGCCGGGGCUGAUGAAUCCGGUUCUCGAGGUUGUCGGCCUUCUGAGCCUGCAGCAUUUAUGGAGUCGUCCAAAACUUCACCUUUUGUCGGAAGUUUUGAUGGACUGUCCUUAUUCGUACAUGUGCACGUACGUAUGUUUUCAUGUGUUUGUUGCUCACGGAAUCACAGUUCAUCUUGUUUUCUUGCUUACCUGGGUCUGCAUUUUGCAUGGGAUUUACAGCUCAUCUCAAGCAAAUUUAAUCGUUUGUGUCGACAAUAUGUGUCUAGUUUGAACAAGUUUCAUGAUUUC